UUUAAUAAACGAAAGUUUUGGUAAAGUUAUUCAUUCAUGCGGUUAAAUCGUCUAUUAAUAUACUUACAUAGCGUUUUAAAAUGCACCUGAAAGUUAAAUAUUUGAUUACAUAUUACAUUAUUAGAUAUAGCUCUUAGGGCGUUAGUCGAAUUAUUCAUUUUGUUUAAAUUGUACCGAUACAUGUAGGAUUUAUUGAUUUACAGUCACUGUGUACAAAUUACAAUUAAAAUGGCACAGACAGCGUUUAAAUCAUGCGAAAUAUGUGAUGGUGGGCUAGGUCAUCAGUAUUGCCAGCAGUGUGACCAGUUAUUUUGCAAAAAUUGUAAAACUUCACAUUUGCGAACAAAAAUUAGUAAAAAUCAUACAUUUUUUAUUGGACGAAAUAUCAAUCAGGAAGAACAACAAUUUUGUGCUGAGCAUGAUGAAUCGUUUAUAUUUUACUGCGUAGAUUGUGAUACAGUUGUGUGUAAAAUAUGUGCUGUUAAAAGACACAAUAGACAUGACAUGUCUGAGAUAAAUGAAUCAGUUCUGAAACUCAAAGUGCAACUAAAAAAAUAUGCUGAAUCAAAAGUUAAAGGACUUCGCAAAGACAUUGAGAAGCUUGACGGGGAAACUAUCGAAUAUCAGUCAGAAGUUCAAUCUGUUAUCCAGUCCAUUAUUGAGGAUUCAGAACGCAUGAACGCUUUGAUCGAUCGAAAAACAGACGAAUUGAUUAAAUCUGUAAAGGAAGUCGAAGAAAGGAAUCUUAAGAUCUUGUCAACAGCAAACAGUAAGUUCAGUAACAACCUGCACAAGGUCAAUAGGGUCCAGAGAACAAUCAAAGAUUCUGCUUAUAUGUCCGAUGUGGCACUUCUUCCAAAAUUACAACAACUUCAAGCUGAAAUUUAUAAAAUAGAGCCGACAAGGACUCCAGGUAUACCGACCGUUAGAUACUCCACAAAGAAAAUAUCACACAGCGAUACCGGUAAAUUGUUUGGAGAUUUAUCAUUCAGUAACGUUAUCUGCCUUAAUAAUGCAGCAUCAGAAAGAGAAGACACAGGGUGUACAAGGAGAACAUCUCAGACUAAAAUAAGGACAGUACCGAAACCUAGAAUUUCAGAAAAGUGGUACAGAUAGACAAAUGAUACACGUUUACUGAAUGUCUAUUACAUUGUUCACAGAGUACACAAUAUAAAGAAAAUACAAUUAUAUAUUAUGAGUUAUUGUUCAUGUCAUUUUUUUAUACCACACCGUCUCAAGUUACUCUUGAUACAUUUCGUGUUUUGUAAUGUAAAUGGAAUACAAUUAA